AUCCAUGCUGGCCAUAGAAGUCUUUUAGUUGGUUAACAAUGGCGUUUAAUUUCGCAGUGAUUUUCGUAGUCUUAGCUUCCGUCUACUGCGUUAGUGGUAUACCAUUCUCAACUCGUGUUGUUGGUGGUGCCGAUGCUGAAGUAGGCCAAUUUCCUCAUCAAGUAUCGUUACAACGUGAGGAUGCCUCGCACACCUGUGGUGGUUCAAUUUUGAAUGAGAAUUUCAUAUUGACCGCAGCUCAUUGUGUUGUUGUAGGGGCUGGCAUUGAACCUUAUCCCCCUAAAUAUUUUCAAGUACGAGUAGGCAGCAUACAACGUAGCACUGGUGGAAAAUUAUUAAAAAUUAAACGAAUUAUUGUUAACAAAGAGUAUGGUAACUUUUUGAACGAUGUGGCUCUAUUAGAAUUGGAAGAACCAUUGGUUUGGACAGACAAUAUAAAACCCAUACAAAUGGCUGAGGAAGAAGUACCCUCAGGUGAAGAUGUUAUUGUAUCUGGGUGGGGUCGCUUGUACACUGGAGGUCCAAUACCAAAUCGUUUGCAAUGGAAUACCCUUAAAGCUAUUACAACGGAGGAAUGUGAAGAAGCUAUUGAAUUCGGACGUGACAGCUUAAUUUGCUUGGCACAUGAAGUUGAUAAUGGUGUGUGCAAUGGUGACUCUGGUGGUCCUGCUACAUACAAAGGUAAACUCGUAGGUGUUGCCGGAUUUGUUGUUGACGGUUGUGGUAGUCACAAUCCAGAUGGUUACGCUAAAGUGUUCUAUCAUCGCAAUUGGAUAACAGAAAAUAUGCAGUGAGCAUGCAAAACGAAUGAUUCAGUACUAAGUACUUUUAAAUAAAAAAUAAAAAACUAAAAGAUUUUAUAUGCUA